AUGGAUAUGGCAAGAUCCAUGAUAUUUGAAAAAGGCUUGUCAAACGCAUUUUGGGCAAAAGUUGUAUAUACAGUAGUAUACUUGCUAAAUAGAUGCCCAACAAAAGCUUUACAAAAUAAGACUCCUAUUGAGGCUCGGAGCAGUAUAAAGCCAUCAACAAAGCAUCUAAUAGUAUUUGGAUACAUUUGCUAUGUGCACAUUCCUAAGGAGAAAGGACACAAGCUAGAAGAAAAAUAUGAAGUAGAUGUUGAGUUCAAUGAAUCAACGUCAUGGAACUGGGAGGAAGAAAAAGCUAAAAGGAAAAGUGUUACUAUAACACAACCGUGCAGAGAGGAAACUGAAGAAACUCCAAGUACGACUCCACCACCUACAACAACUCCUCCAUCUAUACAACAUGAAGGUUCUCCAGAACCAGAACAAAGAACUAGAUCACUCCAGGAUAUAUAUGAAACUUGCAACUUCAUAACUAUAGAGCCAGAAAGUUUUGAAGUUGCAGUAAAAGAAAAAUCCUGGAGAAAAACUAUGGAAGAAGAAAUCAAAACAAUUGAGAAAAACAAAACAUGGGAACUCGUUGAUCACCGACAAGACAAAGAGAACAUUGGGGUUAAAUGGGUUUAUAAGACCAAAUUUAAUCCUGAUGGAUCAAUACAAAAGCAUAAGGCGAGGCUAGUAGCUAAAAGCUACUCGCAACAACCAGGCAUAGACUACAACGAAACCUUCGCACCAGUUGCAAGACUUGACACUAUAAGAGCACUGGUAGCACUAGUAGCUCAAACGAAAUGGAGAAUUUAUCAGCUAGAUGUAAAGUCUGCAUUUCUAAAUGGAGAGCUCAAAGAAGAAAUAUAUGUGGAGCAACCACAAUGA